AUGGCUGAUGAAGCUGCAAGUGUCGAUGCUUUAAUGCUUGAGCUAUUUGGACCAAUGGACAUUGACAUGGAAAAUGAGGUGCCAUAUGCAGCAACUAAUUUUGUCGAAGAAGAAACGGAGCAAGAUCAACAACUAAUGCUACUGGAUGAUAACCACAACUCAUUUGAAGGUGAUAACACAGUUGCAAUAUCAGACGCUACUCAUUUUCAAGGUGAUGAUAACAUAAUUGAUGAGAUGCUGCAAACUGGUCCAAGGCCUGGAAUGAUAUUUGAAAGCGAACAUGAUCUAUUGGAUUCCUACAAAGCUUAUGCUAAGGCUAAGGGUUUCGGCGUUGCAACUAGAUCGAGAAGAGGAGAUAAAUAUCUACAAUACACGUGUGAAAGGGGACGACAAUCGGAGAGUAAAAAAUAUAGUAAGAGGAUGGACUGUCCCGCUCGUAUAAAUGCAAUAAACAAGGGUGAUGGUGUUUGGAUGAUUGGCAAAGUAUUCAACGAGCACAAUCAUGAACUUGAGCCAGAAAUGUCCGAGUUCAUGCCAGCUCACAGGCACUUGUCCAGCGAACUGAAGAGACAGUUAGAAGCACAUGAUCGUGCCGGGAUGCGACUAUCUAAGAGUAUAAGGAUGAUGGAAAUAUUUGCUGGGGGACCAUCUAAUUUGGGAGCAACGGUGAAAGAUUGUAGGAAUUAUGUUGAAGAGAGGAGAAGGUUACGACUAGGCGCAGGAGACGCCGUUGCCAUUCAGAAGUUGUUCAAGUCGUGUCAAAAGAAUGAUAAGGAUUUCUUUUAUUUGAUGGAUGUCGACGAUGACUCUAGACUCCGCAAUGUAUUGUGGAUACAUCCUCGUAGUAGAGCUGCAUAUGAGGAUUUUCACGACGUCGUGAGCUUUGAUACGACAUACCUUGUGAAUCAAUAUAACAUGCCAUUCGGAAGUAUUGUUGGCGUAAAUCAUCACCAUCACUCAAUCCUGCUCGGAUGUUGUCUCUUGACAGACGAAACAGCAGAUUCAUUCAAGUGGUUUUUCAGAAAUUGGCUUGAGGCAAUGAAAGGGGUUAAGCCUACUGCAAUUUUGACUGAUCAAGAUGAAAGUAUCAGAAUUGCUUUGAGGGAAAUCAUGCCUGAAAGCAUCCACCGCUUUUGUAUAUGGCAUAUAGUGAAAAAGACAAGUGAAAAGUUCAAAGGGGUUUCUGAUAUUACAGCAGCGAAAUUUGAUUUCAAUGCAAUGUUAUAUGAUAGUGUGAGCAUUUCUGAAUUUGAAUCGAGGUGGGAAGCCUUUAAGAUCAAGCACGGUUUACAGAAUAGUACGUGGUUGAAUAAAUUGUUUGAUGAAAGAGAGAGUUGGGUGCCCGUAUAUUCUAAUCAUAUUUUUUGGGCUGGUAUGUCUUCUACUCAAAGAAGUGAGUCAAUGCAUGCUUUCUUUGAUCAUUAUAUUACAUACAGGAGCACUUUGAAGACAUUCGUGGAGCAAUAUGAAAUUGCAGUAAAUGAGAAGUUUCGAAAAGAGCUUAGGGCUCAAUAUUUGUCUAAGUGCAGGCCUAUUGUUUGUAUUUCGCCUUUCAAGUGGGAAGGCCAAUUUGCAAGAGUAUACACCAACAACAUUAUGGUGUUAGUUCAGGAUGAAAUUAAAAAAUUAUGGAAUUGCAAUCUCAAGCAACUUGCCAUUGUGGGUGGUGCACAUGAGAGGUACGAAAUUUGUGAACAAGGCACUUUGAAUGAUUGGUAUGAUAAAGAAUACAAUUUUGUAGUUGAGUAUCGGCCCGUUGGAGAAUAUGUUCAAUGCAAUUGUAGAAAAUUUGAGUGCAAGGGCAUUUUAUGUUGCCACAUAAUGAAGGUUUUAGCCCACAAAAAGAUUGAUGUGGUUAAUGAAAGAUAUGUACUACGAAGAUGGCGGAAGGACGUGUACAGGCCACAUUUCAGUGUUGCUUUUGCAGGUGGGUACCCAAUAAUGACCGAGGAGUAUCGAAGGUAUCAAGAGAUGGAAAAAGAAUUUCAUAUUUGCAGCGACUUGGCCAUUGAUUCCAUUGAUAAGAUCAAUUUUGUCAAACAAAAGAUUAGGGAAAUAACAAGUGAGCUUAAGUGUUGGACUCGUGUUAGUGCCUCUGAAACAAUAGAAAUUGAAGAGGAAGACACUAUUAUUUUGGAUCCAGAGAUGAAACGUCGCAAAGGAAGGCCAAGAGAACUUCGAUUCAAAAGUUCAGCUGAAAAGAGCACAUUUCGUGGCACAAAGUCGAGAGGUAGAGGUUCGACUAACAGGGGUCGAGGUCGACAAAAUUCUCAAGCUAGUGGUGUUUGA